AUGAGUGGCCAGGUGGAAGUCUCCAAUCGGGAGAUAAAGAGUAUCUUGGUUAAGACGGUCAAUGUAAAUAGAACCGACUGCGCGAGGAAACUUGAUGAUUCUCUUUGGGCAUACAGAACUGCAUUUAAAACGCCUAUUGGGACUUCUCCUUAUAAGCUGGUUUUUGGCAAGGCGUGCCAUCUGCCAGUUGAACUCGAACAUAAAUCCUUGUGGGCUCUAAAAAAUUUAAACAUAGACCUGGAAGAAGCAACCAAGCUUAAGUUGUUUCAGAUGAAUGAAAUGGAUGAAUUCCGGUUCCAUGCCAAUGAAAGUGCGCGUUUGUAUAAGGAGAAGAUGAAGUACUAUCAUGAUGUCAAGAUUCUCAAGCGAGACUUUCAAAAGGGUGAUUCUGUUAUGCUAUAUACCUCAUGGCUAAAGCUCUUCCCCAACAAGUUGGAAUCCAGGUGGUCCGUACCAUUUCAAUUGGUGAGUGUUUCACCUAAUAGCUCGAUGGAAUUGAAAACCAUGGAUGGAACUUGGACAUUUCGAGUUAAUGGCUAG